AGUUAUUAGGCGGCGCGAGGCGGCCGGCAUGGAGCUCUCUGAGGAGCGGCAGGGACCGGUGUGCCGCCUCGCGACCGCAGUGGCAGCCCCAAUUACCUCAAGCCGCUGCUCCCUGCUCUGGGUCCCCGGCCCCUAGACGCCUCUUCCUGAGUUUGUCCUUCCUUUAAUGGAUUCAUUUCAGGCUGAACAGAUGCCGAGCUUGCCCGCUGAGCUCGCGAGCAACAACUUAGAGCUGGCGGAGCCGGCGGCAUCAGUGACCCGUGUAGAUUCGGGCCACCCGGAGGCGGCUACAGAAGGUCUCGCACCUCUACCGACGCGGGAGCCGGAGCAGCCUCCUCCGGCCUCGACGACGGAGUGUAAAGUCCUGCUCACACAGGCAGACGCCCUGGCGUCCGGGGGGCGCCUCCGGGAAGCCCUCGAGGUAUACCGACAGCUGUCGGAGCGGCAGCAGCUGGUGGCAGAGCAACUGCAGCAGCUGGUGCGCUGCCUGGCUGAGAACAUCCCGCCAGGAGAGGCACUGGCGCCAGUGCCCACGGUCGGGGGCAGCGCAGCGAGCUGUGUGGUGGGGGCGGAAGAGGCAGGGGUGGCCACCGCCGCCGAGGCCACCGAGUUAUGGGAUGGCUUCAAGUGCCGGAAGUGUCAUGGGUUUCUGUGGGACCCCGUGUCCUUGUCGUGCGGCCACACCUUUUGUAAAGUGUGCCUGGAACGCGGGCGGGCAGCCGACAGGCGCUGUGCGUUGUGCGGGGUCAAGCUCUCCACGUUGAUGGCGGCCACCGGGCGGGCGCGCGGAGCCCGGCGGGCUGGGCAGCAGGCGCCGCCGCCGCCGCCGCUGCGGGUCAAUGUGGUGCUCAGCGGUCUCCUCGGCAAGUUGUUCCCUGCUCGAGCUCGGGCGUCGCAACUCCGGCACGAGGGCAACCGGCUGUACCGCGAGCGCCAGGUGGAGGCGGCACUACUCAAGUACAACGAAGCGGUUAAACUAGCACCAAAUGACCAUUUACUUUAUAGCAACCGGUCACAAAUUUAUUUCACCUUGGAGUCUCAUGAGGAUGCACUGCAUGAUGCAGAAAUAGCAUGUAAGCUCCGCCCAAUGGGCUUUAAGGCACACUUCAGAAAGGCGCAAGCCUUGGCCACCCUAGGCAAGGUGGAGGAAGCACUAAGAGAGUUUCUAUACUGCGUUUCACUGGAUGGAAAGAGCAGGAGAGCAAGAUCUGAAGCCCAAAGGCUUCUCCUUAGUUUCUUUUCACCAUCAGUCCCGGGGCAGUCUCAGGAACAUUCUCCCGAUAUCCUGAAGCUGUUGGCACCUCAGCUUAGAUUAAAGGAACAAGUAGAGUCAUUGGCUACUGAAGGCGACAGCCAUAAUCUACCAAAGUUGUCACAGGAAAACGAGGAACUCCCCCAUUGUUCUAGACAGGAGGAAGGAGCAGCCAGUGGGGACUGCAACAUCCAGAUGAAUCCUGUGGAAGUAAAGGGGCAUGGGCAGCAAGGCACCAUGAAAGACCAGGAAGAAGAGGAGAAGGAUUAUCCUGCCUCUCCAGAAGCUGCCUCCAGCCAGACUGGCAAAAGCCAGGAAAAGAAAAGGAAACAUUUUCAAGUUGAAUCCAAAGACCCAGACGUUCCUACUAAAGUCUGUAAGCCAGAAUCUCCUCCUGAUUUGGGGGAUUUGCCUGCUGUCAGUAUUCCACUCCCAUCUUUUGACGCAACCGACCUUGAAUGUGCCCUAUGUAUGAGAUUAUUCUAUGAGCCAGUCACAACACCGUGUGGACACACAUUUUGUUUGAAAUGUCUUGAGAGAUGCCUAGACCACAAUGCGAAAUGUCCACUAUGCAAAGAUGGUCUUUCACAGUGCUUGGCAUCAAGAAAGUACAGCAAAAAUGUCAUAAUGGAAGAGCUAAUAGCCAAAUUCCUUCCAGAAGAAUUCAGUGAACGAAAGAGGCUUUAUGAAGAGGAAAUGGAAGAACUUUCUAACUUAAAUAAGAAUGUGCCUAUUUUCGUGUGUACUAUGGCCUAUCCCACCGUUCCUUGUCCCCUACAUAUAUUUGAGCCUUGCUACCGUCUGAUGAUUCGUAGAUGCAUUGAGACAGGCACAAGACAGUUCGGCAUGUGCCUUGGAGAUCCCGUCAAGGGGUUUGCAGAAUAUGGCUGCAUUCUAGAGAUCAGAAAUGUUCAGUUCUUUGCCGAUGGCCGCUCAGUGAUUGACAGCGUAGGCAAGAGGCGCUUCAGGGUCCUUCGUCAGGGCCAGCGGGAUGGCUACAACACAGCCGAUAUUGAAUACAUUGAAGACCAAAAGGUUCUAGGAGAGGAUUGUGCUGAACUCAUGGGAUUACAUAACUGUGUCUAUGAACAAGCAUCAUCAUGGUUUCAUUCGCUCAAAAAUUCUCUUAGGAAUCGGAUAAUCAAUCACUUUGGUCCAAUGCCAGACAAAGAUGCGGAUCCUCAGAUUAACCCAAAUGGUCCAGCCUGGUGCUGGUGGAUAUUAGCAGUUCUGCCGCUGGAAACCCGUGCUCAGCUUCCGUUCCUAGCAAUGAGGUCCUUGAAGGAUAGACUGAAUGGUAUUCGGCGCAUCCUCGCCUUUAUAGCACGAAACCAAAACUAGUGAGAGUGAAUUGAUGAAAAGGAAAUUUCACCCUCUCUACUGCCUAGGGGAGUCAUCUUGUAAAUAUAUCAAAUUGCAAUAACAUCUUAACUGAAGGAAGUAUCAAAUAGAGUCAUUACCUUGCUGUUGAUUAUAGAGAGAAAUUCAGUUGAAAGACCAAAGAAUGUGACCUGUUAGAAACUUUCUGUGUUGAGAUACUUCUUGACAUGCUGCACAACUAUACCCACAGCAGAGGUGUUCGAGCCCAGAAAAAAAAUUGCUUUUGACAUAAAAUUUUCUGAAAGUUUAAAGUGGUUUUGCUUUAAUUCUCUUUCUUUCAUCAGUGAAUGACUGUGUGAUUGAAAUGUGAAGCAAAGAUAGUAAUAAUCUUGCUGCAUUAUUUCACUGACUUGAGGUCCUAUUCCAAAUAGUUCAGGUUUUAUAAAGCAUUGUAUAAAAUAAUAUUUAUACUCCUUUCUGUUUUAAUAAUUUAUUUUUUGCACUACUGUAUCCUUUUUUCUACAUGUAUGUUUGUAACUAUUUAAGUGUGCAUUACUGAAUUCACUUGCUUUAUUUAUUGAUGUAGUUAACCAUGUAACUAGAAGGAAGUAACAAUACUAGAAAUGUGCCAUUUUUGCUUUAACCAUUUUUACUUGGUUUGAUUCCAGUUCUUGAACUAUUUUUGUAUCUCUCUAAUUGGAUGCUUAAAGGAACAAUAUAAAAUACUUAAGGGAUUUGCCAUAGAUUGUAGAAUAAGCCAGGUUAAAGUAAAACCAUCCAUUUUCUAUGUGUUACACAGAGCAAGGCUUAAGGAAUUAUUUUUCUAGAAUGAAGCAAUGAAUCAGAAGAGUGUCCUUUAUUGCAGGCUAUUAUAGGCAUUUAUCUGAGCAAUCUAAUUCUGUGUUUCUUAUCUCUCCCCAGUUCAGUUAGGAAUGGGCUUUUUAGGCAAGAUAAUAUUUAACCCUUCUGAGGGAAUGGUUUUCAGUUAGGAAUGUCACAGUGAGGCCCAACUAGCCUCCAUACCCUGCCUCUUUUCAGGGUUCUGAGGGUCACAGCCUGGGCAGCAUGUGUGGAAAUACUUGAUGAAGGACUGUCCAUUAUGAAAAGUUCAAAGAAGCUGGUAGAAAAGGUAAAAUGCUUAAAAAACAACCCAAACUAACAUUUUGGUUUUUAAAUCUUUUUAAAGGAACCAAAAAGUUAAUUCAUGAUUUUAUCUAGCAAUUGCCUUUCCUCCUAGUUGCAUUGGGCCAAAGAUUUCAAUAUGGGGAAGAAUGGUGGGUAAGGAGAUAAGAGUGAGCCCUGGUUUAGCUUGCUUUAGAGUUAGUGUGGUUUCUUUAGUGCCAGGCCAACCUGAAAAAUGGCGUAUGUAUGGGAGUGUUAUAAUGACAAGAGUGAAAAGAUUAGGGCAGGGAAGAAGUGAAUCAUGCCAUUUGUGCAUUUAAGAAAAUGACCAUCCCCCUCCGCACCGUGAUUCAGAACUGUAGCAGUGUGUUGUUUAUUUGAAGCCUGUCCACUCUUUAAGGUGAGAGGUUAAUGCCUCAAGUAAUCCCUCUGACUUCUUGCAUCAUCACCUGUGGCCAGAAACAGAAAAGGCAGAAUGAGAUAAUCUGCACUUUCUUAAUGGAUGCUAUGUUGUCAGAGCAUCAUGUUACCAGGUUUGAUGUUUGGAGCCAGACUGGACUGAUGAAGAAUGGAAGGCAGGCAUGGUUACUGCCCAAGCAAAAGCUACCAGACUCCAGGAGCAUUAUAUUACAGACUACGCCUUCCAACUUGGUACACACCAUGUGGUCAUAACACAGUCCUAGUAUAACAGUUUCCUAUUAUCUAGUGUAAAUGUAACACCCCCCCCCCAAAAAAAAAGGGUCAUAAGCAUCUCUACUUGCUAGAUGUGUUACUUUUGUGAUUUCACUUUUCUUCCUGAGCCCCCGUUUCCUCAUCUGGCAAAUAGUAAUGAUAAAUACCACAUAUAAGGUUGUUAUGAACAUCAAAUGAGGUAAUAUAUGUAAACCAAUUAGCAGGAUGCCUAGCAUAUAGGAGACACUCAACAAAUAAUAGAUAUGAUUAGAUUACUCAUUGUUACGGAAUUUCAUCAGGGCCCCAUAUUUGCAGAAAAUGCUACCUUUACACACAAUACCCAUCUCUAGCCCCUUUAAACUCAGUUGCACCACUGAGUAUUGGACCAUAAUCUGAUGCUUUACAGAUAGUUCUUUUUGGAGUCAAGUCUGUUUUGGAAAGUGAGAAGACUAGGAAACAAAUAAGGCUCAGGGGUAAAGGAGAAUUCUGAGUCGGCACAUUUUUUUUAUUUCAAUGGAGCUAAAAGGUAGUAUUGUUUGGAGGUCUAAAAUUUCUAAUUAAAUGGAAGCCUUAAGUUUUAGCUCCAUUAGAAUAACCAAUUCAUCACUCCCUGCUCUCCAAAAUGUAUUUAAAAUCUUGGCCAUGCCAGGGUGAGUGAAUUUUACAGUCUAUGACUUUUGUGCUUAGUUCAUGGUAUUUCUUUUUUUUUUAAUAUAUUUUAUUGAUUUUUUACAGAGAGGAAGGGAGAGGGAUAGAGAGCCAGAAACAUCGAUGAUAGAGAAACAUCGAUCAGCUGCCUCUUGCACACCUCCCACUGGGGAUGUGCCCGCAACCAAGGUACAUGCCCUUGACCGGAAUCGAACCUGGACCUUUCAGUCCGGAGACUGACGCUCUAUCCACUGAGCCAAACCAGCCAGGGCUCAUGGUAUUUCUUUAUGCUGCCCCAACAAAAAAGUAUUGCGAACCCACUAUGUACCAGGAACUGAGCCAGGUGGUUUCACAUACAUGAGCCUGUUAAGUCAUUUUGUUUCUCACAUCCACCCUGUGAGAUCACAUCGUCUCCAGACUGGAUGAGAAAGCUGAGGCUCAGCAAUGUUAAAUACAUUGCCUAAGUAACAUAGUCAGCCAGUAAGUAGCCAAGCUUGUUAUUGAACCCAUUACUUUGCAGAUUUUUAACAUUUUAAAUAGUUUGUGUUAUACAUAAUUUUAUUUACUAGACAUGACAAUCAACUCAAAAGCCCCCCAGAAACUCUCAGUGAGAAGUUGCAGGUUAAGUAAAAUUAAAUUACCCAACAUAUCUCUACUUAAUCUAGGUAGAAAGGGAAGUUUGAAUUGUUAAAAUAAAAUUCCACACCAUAGAAUGCUUCAUGUUGAGUGAGUAUGUAACUCCAGCAAAUGUAGAUCUUGGCAAGGAAAAAUUUUACUUUGCUCUCAGUAGCUUAGAUACACAUUUGGGUGGUUUUACAGCAAGCUUUUAUUUUAGUGGUGGGAGGCAAGAUGCAAGGCUCAGCCUUGGCUUUCUUUGGGAGGUACUUGAAUGGGGUAAUUAGUUAGACGUGACCAUUUUCACCUCUUAUGCAUUGAUUUUGCAGCAAAGCUUAGGAAUGAAGAUUAUACAGAGACAUAAAGCUAAGUUUAGCCAGGAGGACAAGACUUCUCCUUGGUAGACAGUGCCAUUUAUUUGGUUAGGUUUUCCUGUCUAUCGGACCCAAUCUUUUUCUAGUAGAUUGGUGUGUGUGUGUGUGUGUGUGUGUGUGUGUGUGUGUGUGUGUGUGUGUGUGUGUGUACACUAGGUACCAGGCAGACAUGCCUUUCUGCUUUGUACUAUAUUACUGCUGCUAGCUAACAAACAGAAAAAUGUAGAAAAUGGAAUCCGAUAAAGUUAAUUUUUGGUAGACAACUCAGAAAAAAAAAAGAGUGAUUACCCCUGACUUAGGGGGCCAGGGAACUGAGUAUUUCAACAAUUUGCCUUUCCUGAAGUCUGACUGCUUGUAGAUCUGUGGGGCUAGUCAAGUCACUGCACAUGUGGCACUUCCAGCUCUGCCUGUGGAGCUUGCCUGGGCUCAGAUAAACCCCUGUGACUGGCUAUUGGAGCAAUGGAGCUCCCGAGGCUGGCUCACAGCACCCAGAGGUCUCUGAACUGUCAACAGGUUGCACACUGUUGAUGGGCUGGAAUCCACUGGGAACUGUGAUUCCCUAGGCCGACUCUAUUUCCAAGAUGGAGUUUUUUUUCAGGGACUUAUUCCUUGAGUUCUCAACAUGCUGACUUUGCAUCCAUUCUCGUUUACCAAGGCAGAAUCAUAGCAGAGGUAUGGAUCAUCUAAACAUGCAAAUGGAAAGCAGCUGAAAUAAUGGACAAGGACAGAUUUUUCAGCCCGUUCUCCAGCUUGUGGAUUUUUUCCCCUGAAUUAAAAAAAUACAUAUAAUAGUAAUGGUUAGAAUAUUCAAUUUUUUUUUUACAGGCAGAAUUUUUUUGUUGAGGUUUUAAUUCAUGAUCAAAGACAGAUCUGAAAAGCAGCUGGCUGCCUGGGCUGCAAUUUGUGGCCCUCCCUGAAUGCAGAGAGGAAGAAGGAAAAAGAGCUGUGUAAAAUGUAUGUGUUCAAUUCCUCCUAGAAUGAUAGCUCCUGCCAUUCAACUAUUUUAUAAUCUGGGUUUUGCACAUCCAGAGGUGAAAUGAAGACAUUUUCACUAACAAUUGGGUAUUUGCAAAUGCACUAAGUUUACCUUGAGUGAGAAGUGCCUGUAAUAUCUGUUCCUGGUGUCAUUUUGAAGAUUUGCUUCAUGAUUUUGUAGCCUUUUAAAAAUUUGUCACAGCAAAUGUGAUAAACAAGUUUACAAAGCAACACUGUAGCUUAUACAUCAUUUAAAAAGUUGUUUAACGGGCAUCUAUUGUCAAUACAACAACAAUAAACAAAAGGAAAGCAAAUAGGUCAACGUGGCAUCACAGGCUUAUCUUAGAUAAACUGGUUCCAUCAUUUUAUGCAAUUCUCAGUAAUGCCAGGAGUAAAAUAUCAAGCAACCCAUUGAAACAUUGGAAAAAAUGUCUGUUUGUUAUUCCAGUUGUUUGUUGAGCAGCUAUUUUACUCUCAUACUGUAAUGAAAUGAAAGAGGAAUUAAGAUAAUGCUUUUUUUCUGCCAUAUUGCUAUUCAACUACCUCUUUAUGCUUGAUUUCUCUUUAGGAUUUUCUUUCCUCCAAAUCUGUGCAAAGAAAAGUUUCGGCUCAUCUAAGUUGCAAUAACAAUGUAAUAUAGACAGUCUCUGUAAAAGCUGUUUAUUCAUUAAAAAAUGUUUUCUAUUGUC